CAUACCAGCGCCCACAACUUACAAUCCAAUUGGAAAUGUAAAUAAAUAAAUAUUUAUUAAAAAUUAGGCUAAAAUCACACAAGACAUGCUGCGUUUUGGCACUCAAAUGUGCCGCCAAGUGGCCUUUAAUAUGCAGACAGUAACCCGCUUGCCAAGCGGAAGGAACACCCAAAAAUUGAUCACUAGGAAGAUGACACAACAGCGAUCGCCGGUGGAUUGGACCACCAGUAUUCCAACUAAGGCGGCGAAGGACAAGGAAAAGAUUGCUCCUUUGGGAUGGUUUCUCCUGCUCAUACCAGCCACCACUUUUGGUCUGGGCUGCUGGCAAGUGAAGCGGAAGAUUUGGAAGGAGCAGCUGAUCAAGGAUCUUAACAAGCAGCUUAGCGCGGCUCCAGUGGAUCUACCAGAGGAUCUCAGUGACUUAAGCCAAAUGGAGUACCGCCUGGUCAAAAUCCGUGGACGUUUCCUUCACGAGAAGGAGAUGAGAAUGGGUCCCAGGUCGCUCAUACGUCCGGAUGGCGUGGAGACCCAAGGAGGACUCUUCUCGCAGCGAGACUCGGGCAAUGGCUACCUGAUAGUCACCCCCUUUCAGUUGGCCGAUAGGGACGACAUAGUGCUCGUCAAUCGGGGAUGGGUGUCCCGCAAGCAAGUGGAGCCGGAAACGCGUCCCUUGAGUCAACAGCCUGCGGAAGUGGAGCUAACAGCCGUGGUGCGGAAAGGAGAAGCUCGUCCUCAGUUUACACCUGACCACAAGGGCAAUAUCUACCUUUAUCGCGAUCUGCCACGCAUGUGCGCCGCCUCAGGAGCCGCUCCUGUCUUCCUGGAUGCCAUCUACGAUGUCCAGGCGGCCAAAAGUGGGCCCAUUGGUGGCCAGACUCGCGUCACCCUGCGCAACGAUCAUCUUUCGUACCUGGUCACCUGGUUUAGCUUAUCCGCGGCCACCUCCUUCCUUUGGUACAGGCAAAUAGUCAAGAGGAUACCCUUCUAAAUGACCAUUCAAAACGCUCUGUUGUUAUUAUUUAUAUAAAAUUUACAUGCUCUCGUGUAAA